AGUGAGGCACGGCGUUUAUCGCUGCCCAGACCACCGCGAAAUCAGGCGACUUUUCCGCUGGACGGCCACCUAGACUCUCUGUUUGUUUCCCAAUCACGACUAGACAAGCUGCGCAGUCCUGCAACAGGCCGAUCUGACGGGAGCCUCACCCUUUGUCAACCACUCAGCUUUGCAUCGGGACCGAGAUAGGGACCGAGAUAUGGUGUCAUCCAAUGUUGGCACGGGUACCCAAUCGGGCUCCGUCCCAAAUAGGCGGUGCCUGAAUCUGAUCUGAAUUCCAUAUAAGAUGGCUCUGCGGAAAGCAACAACGAGGCAACAAAUUUGUCGUCAUACCUACUCAAACGACAUCCUACUGCUUCCUACAACAAAUAGACCAUCUCUUCCCCGGGUCUAUCUCAACCGUUCUACCUAGUCCAUCACGGAGAUCAGGACAUAUUCAACACUUCGCUCACACAAACAACAGCAAAGAUGUCGGUACCAAUCACGGAGAUCGAGAGCCAUGCCAAGUCCAUCAAGGUCGUCAUCGUAGGCGCCGGCUCCGUUGGUGUCACCACCGCCUACGCUCUCCUCCUCAGCCAUCUCGCCGCCGAGAUCGUCCUCAUCGACAUCGAUAAGAACCGCGCCCUCGGCGAGGUCAUGGACCUCUCGCACGCCGCCCACUUCGCGCACGCCAAAGUCAGCGUAGGCGAGUACGAAGACUGCGCGGGGGCCACAGCGGUCAUCAUCACGGCGGGCGUCAACCAGAAGCCCGGGCAGACGCGCAUGGACCUAGUCAAGACCAACUACGGCCUGUUCGAGCAGAUCGUGCCGCAGAUCGCCAAGCACGCGCCCAACACGAUCCUGAUCGUGGCCACCAACCCGUGCGACGUGCUGACCAAGGCCGCGCACGAGCUCAGCGGAUUCCCCGUCCAGCGCGUCAUCGGCUCGGGCACCGCCAUGGACACCACCCGCUUCCGCCACGAGCUCGGCAAGCACUACGGCGUCAACCCGCGCAACGUGCACGCCGUCAUCGUCGGCGAGCACGGCGACAGCCAGCUGCCCGUGUGGUCGCUCGCCAGCAUCGCCGGCAUGCGCCUGGAGGACUACUGCAAGCAAAAGGGCAUCGCGUACGACGAGGAGGAUAUGGAGGCCCUGGGCAAGCGCACGCGCGAGGCCGCGUACGAGAUUAUUCAGAGGAAGGGCAAGACGAAUUACGGUGUGGCUAGUGUCUUGGUGAGCAUCUUGGAGCCGAUCAUUACCAAUGCCGAUCAGCUGGUUACCGUGUCGAGAGUGGGUAACUAUGCCGGCGUGGAGGGUGUGGCGCUGAGCAUGCCGUGCAAGCUUAACAGCAAGGGUGCGCAUCAGGAUGUGGAGCUGUUGUUGAAUGAGAAGGAGAAGGAGGCGUUGAGGAGGAGUGCCACGAGUAUCAAGGAGUGCUUUGAUAGCGUGGCCAAGAAGGAGUAGGUUGAUUUCUUGGUCACCGUGAGGAUUCAUCUCCGGGAUCUCCAUGGCGCUUCUUUCUCUUCUUGAUGUUGGUUUGUUUUAAAGCGGUUUUACUGUUUCAUGGCAUGUUUGGGUUGCAGAGAGGGCUUCACCAUUAGGUGAGAUACCAUAGCGUGGCGCAAACGGGUGAGAGAGGGUUUUUCGACAGUCUACCUAGAGGUAGCUACGAGUAGAGGUAGGUAUACUGAUGCAUGGACGAUAGAAUGCUCUAGUCUUCCGUUCCAAGUGAACCUCGCUCAGAGUUCUUUCCCGUUUUGAACAUGGUGUCUCAUGCAUAUUCGACGGGUACGACCCAGGGAAUUUUGCCUUCGACACCCACCCAACGUUCUUUCCCUUCUGAGGUCUUCAGGGAGUGGAACUGGU